AUGCUUUUGCAGUGGUUGCUUGCCUUGUUCGCUUUGGCUCAAGCCGAAGUCAUUAUGACCAACAAGAUCUCCGACGAAGGGGAGAUCAACUUUGACACCUCCGGGCCCACCACCAUUUUCCCCGGCAAGUUCUGGUCAAUCAUCAACAACCACUUCUCGUCGUUCACCGGCGCCUUGACCGUGGCCAAAGACGCCGCUUUCUACAUCUCCAGCGACAAGAUCAGCCUGGGGUUGAAGAUCAACUUGACCGGCAGAGUCGAGAACAACGGGAUCAUCGCCUUCAACUCGAUCCAAUCGAACUUCCCCCCUGUGUACAACCUUGUUGGUGUCUCGUUCAACAACACCGAGUCGGGUAAGAUGUUCUUGGGCGGCGACGCCUCCGCCGGCUCCCCCACCACCUUCUUGACCGCGGCCAAGUGGACCAACAACGGGUUCCUCUCGUUCUACCAGAAGCGCAGAACCUCGGGCACCGUGUACUUGGGUGCCGCGGGUGGUUCCAUCACCAACAACGGGGGCAUCUGCUUCUACAACGAGGACUACUCGCAACAAACGAGAAUCUACGGGACCGGGUGCAUCAGAGCCCAGAACGACUCCGCCAUCAAGCUCCACACCCCCUUGUACCACAUCGACACCACCCAGACGUUUGUGUUGGACUCGGACAACGCCCAAUUGCAGGUCGCCGGCGUCAAGCCCAAGAACCCUUUCACCGUCGCCGGCUUCGGUAACGGCAACGUCAUCGGCACCGAGUUGCUGGUGUGGAAGUUCAAGUACGAAGACGACACCUUGACCCUCUGGACGUCGCCAUUGAUCUACGUCAAGUUCAAGAUCGGGACCGGCUACGACGCCUCGAAGUUCGAGAUCGUCAACCACAAGUUCGGCUGGCUCAACCUCAACAACAACGCCAUCAAAUACAACGGCCCCAUCCCCUCGGGCGCCACCUCGUCGUCGCACUGCAUGCCCUGCGAAGACAUCCCCGCCUACCCCACUUCGAUCUAA